CGAACUACUUGCUCUAAGAAACUCAUACGCGCGUGUGCAAAGAAAGUGAAUACAUGUACAUCCCUUUACCAUGUUUACCCGAGUGACGUUUUGGAUCUAAAGGUCGCCGCAAAAGUGUAAUGCGACGUGGGUUUUUCAACAUUUACCCAGAGUGAUCCCUACAUUGAACUGAUGAUGAGGCAGUGAUUUUGGAACUGUUUUUGACAAUUUUUGAUCACGUUGCCAAUCAUGGGCAGUGGAGAUAUUUUGAAUGUCACCCUCACGGGAGGGGCACCUUGGGGGUUUCGUCUGUUUGGAGGAGAAGACUUCCCAAUUGAAGUUGCCAAGAUUCGGAAAAAGAGUAAAUCCCACGAAGGGGGGCUGCUGGAGGGAGAUGUUCUGCUACGUGUGAACGGUAUCCCCGUUAAAGGGAAGACCCACGAAGCUGUCAUGCAUCUGGUGGACAACGCUGGAGACAAACUCUCCAUCGACCUCCAAAGACACGGAAAGAAGACUGUUAGAGAACCACAGCGGCCAUUGAAUCUACCACAAAUUUCCGACAAAAACAUCGUAUCGUCUGCUUCCUCUAACUACGUAAUCCCAGAGGGUGACAAAACUCGAAAAAUAGUCACUCACCAAUACCAAGAAAAAGAGCCAGGGGGACUCAAGUCAAACACAUACAUCAAAAAGGAAUUGGUCAGUUCGCAACCCUAUCAGCAGGUGACCAUGAACCAUUACCAGACUCAGCAGAUGCCAAAACAGGUGUACAUAGACAUCCAAGACCAACAAAGACCCAUGAAGGAGAAUCUGUCACCAUUGCCUACCGAAUUCCAGCCGAAGUCGGCGUCCAGUCCAGUUCCUCAUUUCCGAGUAACUAAUGUGAAGGAUGUACUGAGUAACCCUCCCGCUGGAAAAGUGUUUCCGGUUCAGGCGCCAGCUCCGGAACCGCAACCACUGCAAGAAAACAACGCAAAUAUACCAAUGUUCCGCGUUUCAAAGUUUCAGCCGCGUGUUUCUGGAGAAGAAACACAGGUAAAAUUUGAACCAGAACCAGUGUACAUGGAACCAGACCCAGUGCUGCAACCAGUGGAGUACCAGUCUCAUGAAACCGGGGUACCGUUAGCACCUCCUGCACCCGAACCGCUUCCUAGGAGCCGAAAUGUGGAAAAUGAACCACUGAUGUUUCCUGUACCAAGACCGACGUUUGAUGCUGUUAAGGAAUUGAUUAGUCAUCAACAUAGAGAUGAAGACGCAGAUGAAGUCGACCAUGAAUAUUACGAUAUUCACGGUCACAAACAUCUUCCCAUAUUUGCUCCACCAGUUGAAAUUGAACCGGAACUGGAACAUGAAGACAAAAACAUCAUGGAUAGCGGAUAUGACGAAUCACUCAUGACUCCAGGGAGUGGCCCACGACCCCAACAUCUACCUAACCUUGACCUUACCCGGACUUACAGUUUGGAGAGCGAUAUUCCCGGAACUCCGGACACAGGAUCAACGGGCGCCCGAAGAAGAAAAAAAAUCUUCUCCGAUUCUGCCUUUUAUGAUGACCCUACUGCGCAUUACCCAACAGUCGAAGAGCAAGUGGACCUUUGCAAAAAAAUAGCAAAGUCGCUGACUUCGGCGGCCAAUCGACGCGCUCGCGGUGCGAGGAUGUUUGCAAAGCGCAAACGCAAGUCAAGCAAGUGGAUCCACGAUGGGGUGUUGUACCACGGGUCAUCUUCGGCGGGGGAUGUAGCUGAUCUGCGUGACCUUGAUAGCGAACUAAGUGAAUCCGAGGGAGGAAAUAAGCCUCUUUUCCAGUUUCGUAUACCUAAUCUUGCUAGUCGAGUUAAUUAUAACGACGAUCACAAAAUGAGUUUGUCAAAGGACGAGUUUGAGAGACUUCGACUGAGCUCGAAUAAAGUUGAUCACUCAUCCGUGUCACCAACUCAGUGUCAAAGUCUGGUGGCUGAUUUGCAGUCUACUAGAAACAGGGGAGCUAAAUUGUUUCAGAAAAGAGCCGCUAGGUCCGAGAAAUGGGUCAUCGACGAAAGCAAUGCUCAAAAGCCAGCGCCUCAACCCCGCCUUAACGAAAUUUUGACGGUCACAUCUCCUAAACCAGCUGUCUCACCGUGGGAGGCAGCCAUGGAGAAUCCCUUGGGGUACGUAGACAAGGCUUUCGACCACUUGGACAGUCGAUCUAAACCUCGACCAAAGUCCGUGCCGCAGUUUCAGCCACCACAGUAUCAACCCGUGGUACAACCUGUAUCUGUCCCCUACCAGCAAACUCAAACUCAGACAAAACAGACGCACAUUUCUCUCAGAGCUGACGAACAACCAAAAUUGAUUACAGGUCCCAACUAUAAUAGACUAGCCAAGGGAUGGAACACCGGAGAUCAGAGAGACGGAUCUACUAGACGAAUGCAACAACAAUGGGUGCAACAACAGCAAGAAGAGCAACAAUGGCUAGCGCAGCAACGACAGCCUCCACAAUUAUUCCGACAGGAACCUCCCCCACCCCCACCCCCUCAAAAACCAGUCAAAGAGCAGGAAAAUUAUAAUAGAAAAAUCAAAGCUUGGUCUUCGGGACCUGGUAGUAAUACUAAAACAGUUCGAGAAAGUUCGUCCGUAACCACACCGAUUUAUGGCGCCCAGGGGCAGCAACAGGGAUACAGAACUACUGACACCUACAAUUAUCAAAUGACUGCCGUAACAGACUUCUAGGAUUAAUGGUCAUUCUGUCGUGUAACCUUUGAAAAAAAAUCUAUUCUGUGUUUGUUGAUUUAAAUGUGAAGACAAAUGAUUUUUUGGCAAUUUCGCUGAAAAAAAAAUGAAGUGCAGAUUUGAAGAAUUUAAGCAGCAGGUAUAGUGUAAUUUCGUUCCGAUUUCAUCGCGUGGUUAUGUAGUUGCCUAUGAAUAUCAUUUAUUCUUCACUGUAUUACCAUAGUUACUGAAAAGCAUUCCCGAGAUUGUUUUUUUUUUCGUGUGGCUAUGUAUUCUCUUGAGUUCCAAUCUGUGUAUACAACUCGUGUAACUUGCCAAACUGAACAAUGUAAGAAUGUGUUUGAUUGGAUGAGAUGGCAAUACAGCUGCAUGAAAGCAUCAGCGACAGAGAAAGAGUUGGUAUACCACAUGAUCUGCAUGCAUAGUGUUUAUGUAGGUGUCUGGUUGGUUACAAUUGAUACAAGAUAUCAAUGAUUCCUAGACUAGAUAGGUGGGAAUAGCAACUAAAUAUGGACGCUCGUCUCGCAUUUCAUAAGUAAGAUGCAACGUGACAAAGCAAAGUGUUGUUAACUGCUUUGCAGACAACGUUUUUUGGCUGAAUGUCAAAAACAAAUUAUACACCGAAGAAAAAUAUACCUACAAAACCAAGAAAUCCCAAUAUUGAAACGACAGGAGCUAUGUUUGCCCGUUUUUCCAUUGAUCCUUAAUCUAUUUCACAUACUCACCUUCAUCAACUUUCGUUUAACAAUUGACCGAUGACCCCGGAAGGACGGGUAGAGCAUGCGCAGAAACUAAAGUUUCUAUUGAGAUUUUUUGAUUUUUUUUUUAAUUUACGUGGAAUGUUUUGUAGCAAAUCCAAGAUUUAUUGAUAUUUAGCAUUUGUAACUAAAAGUAGGAAUGUUAAUGUAAACAUAUUUGAUUUAUCAUAUAUCUAGCGCCAUUUUGUAACAUUGCAAAAUAGGUACAGGAGAUGAUGGGUUUUGUGCAAUAUUCGUGAAUGAAAGUUCACUGAAUUGUUUUUUCCUUGAAUAAUUUACAUGUUGAGUAUUUAUCUUAAUUUUGUUUCUAAUCAUGUGAAAUUGAGUUUUACCUUACUCAAAGUAAAUUGAAGACUUGA